AUGUUGCAGCGGCUUUGUCCCUGUUUGCUUGGCUGUGUGGAUGGCUUGGUGUCAUUGAUGCAACCACGGCGGAAACGUUUGGAAUGGAAAAGAUCUCUCAUGCUGUCCUUAGAGAGGACUUGUCCUUCCAUUUUUGAGUGGAAGUCCUUCUGGUGGUUUGAUGAGUCCACCUGUCAAGACGACUUCGAUGCCGAACCGUAUCGAAAUGGCAACACCAAGAGCUACAGGAAGGUGUUCGACCUGGAUCAUAUUUCACAGGCGAGCAAUUUUCGGGUGAAGGAGAUUCUGGUGAUCUCUGGGCGUGCUGAGAAGAUAAAGCGAUAUCCACAGCAAUGCAUCCAAUGUGAAGAUUGCACUGAGAAUAAGCUCCAAGACGCCCAGGAGGAAGGCCUCAAGCCUUUGUUAAACCUCGAGGAUCUCCUGUAUCGCCACAGACAUCCCAGAGAUGCUUCUGGAGGAGUUCAUCCAAACUGGUUGAGUGCAGCUACAUCUGCGAAUUACGGCCCUCGAAUGGCAUGUCUCAAUCGAUGA